AUGGCGUUUUCAGAUACAAUUCAAUUAGUCGGUGCUAGUCUAGGGUCAACAUCAUGGAGCAUUUUCGCCGUACUCGUGACUAUUUUCACAUUGUACUGGCGGAUGAUGCCUCACCCGAUCCCAGGAAUUCCAUACAACAAGAAAUCAGCACAAAAGCUGUUGGGAGAUGCCCCCGACAUGAUUAAAGAGGUCAGCGUUAGCAGAGAGCUCAACGUGUGGCUGGUCAAGCAAGUGAAUAAACUACAAACACCAUUAUGCCAGGUCUUCGUGGAGCCGUUUUCCAAGCCCUGGGUCCUUCUCGCCGACUCAGCCGAGGCUCAGGAUAUCAUGAUUCGACGACCGGAGUUUGACCGCUCCAACUUCAUCACCGACGGGCUGGGCCCAUUGGACGGCUUUCAUGCCCGUAUGAAGACCGGUCCAGCAUGGAAGACAACACGAUCAUGGUUGCAGGACCUCAUGAGUCCGAGCUUCCUGAAUAAUAUCGUUAGCCCAGUCAUGUACGACAACUCGCUUCAUCUGGUAAACUUUUGGCAGGAAAAGGCUCGUCUAGCUAAUGACCGGCCCUUCGAUGUCAACGAGGACUUGAAUCAUAGCGCCCUCGAUGGCAUGCUUUCUUUCGUAUUCGACCGGCAUUUCGAACACACUGCCCUUGGCCCUCAAAUCGAGGCUGCCUCCAAGCUCGAUACUUCAACGGUCAAGGUUGGCACCCGUGGAGAGGUGGAAUUCCCAGAGGGAAAGCUCCACCCGUUUAUCGACGCGCUCUAUGAGACGGUCGAUGCCAUUGAUAAAGUGACCAAGUCCAUGUUGCCAAGGUUCACUAUGUGGUGGCUGCGUCAGACACCUCGGUAUAGAAACGUCACUGCCAUAAAGACGCGCGUUGUUCGGGAACAAGUGCAGGGUGCCCUGGCUAGAUUCCGCGCGACAGGAGAAACUAAAACGGCGAUCGAAUAUAUGCUGAUGCGUGAAUCCAAGGCUGCUGAGAAGCAGGGCCGAAAGCCGGACUAUGAAAACCUUACUAUGAUGGAAGAAAUUGCUGGGCAAUUUAUUGCCGGUCUACAUACAACCAGCACCACUCUUGCAUGGUCCUUCAUCUACAUGACCCGAUACCCGGAGGUUCAAAACAAGCUACGACACGCGCUGUUUUCCACUUACGCCGAUGCCUACGCAGAAAAGCACCCCCCUUCACUGGCCGAGCUUAACAAAACGCGAGUGCCAUACCUAGAGGGCGUACUGGAGGAGGCCCUCCGGUUGCACGCGACCAGUGUAGCGCGACAAGCCGUCCGGGACACUGAAGUUUUCGGCCAUCACAUUCCCAAAGGCACCAAUAUUAUCUUGAUCGCCAACGGGCCUGGAUUCCAUGCACCAUCGCUUUCUGUCGACGAGAAACUGCGUAACAAGACUACCAAGGCUAACGAGUGGGAUGAAAGUCGCGACCUGAGCGUCUUCGACCCGGAGCGUUGGCUCAAGUACAAGAAAGGGAGCUCUGGAGAAGAUGAAGUCGAGUUCAACGCGAAUGCAGCCCCUCAGAUUGCCUUUGGCAUGGGUCCGCGCAGCUGUUGGGGUCGCCGUCUGGCUUACUUAGAGAUGCGCAUGGUGGUUACGCUGGUUAUCUGGAACUAUGACCUUCUACCGGUUUCGCCCGCUCUGGCUGCGCCGAAGGCGAGCUAUGGCAUUGUUCACAGGGCGGAUCAGUGUUUCUUGAGACUGAAGAGUAGGAAAUAG